AGUCACGUGUGUUUUCGCCAGGUGGUGGUGGUGAGUGGUUUGGAAGUCACGCCUACUUGCGAUGCAGCUGUAUUGGUGCGAGCGAGACCACGAGAUUUGCCACUGGAACGGGUCGAAUGAAUAAGUGAUGAGCCCACGAGGUGUGAGUGAAACGGGUUGCUUUGUUGUUGCGUACUUUGUGUUGGUGGAUGCUGGCUGGAUCAGCCGUAGCGAUGUGUUGUUAUCUGGCGCGUUGAUCCCCGUGUUCUGAUACGUCGUCGUCGUCGUCGCCUGCUGUGGUGGUGUCAUCCACUGGAACCGGUUUCCCCUCGCGACACCAGAGGCCAGACAAGGACGGAAGGGCUGCCAGGUCGUGGAUGCUGCGCCGCCUGGGAUCAGUACCAAUCCAGCAGUGGUCUUGGCCAGCCAGGGUUAGGAGCGUGCGCGUCCGUGUGUGUCCGUUCGUGUCUUAGUGACCUGCCACAGGUUCUUCCGGGGGUCACCCCCGUGUCACCACUUCCUGCUACUCCUGUUGAAUCCUCGAAGUCGUCCGGACGGCCAAAUCCCACCAGACCUGAAAACAGACCAGACAGCCAGGAGUUCACAACGUGCUGGUCGCUGGAACCGUCGGGACCGUUCUCCGUCGCGCGUGCCACUUCUUCGUCGGAGUGUCCUCCGUCUCUCGCCACGGGCCGGGGCUGUAAUGAAUUAAAUUUGUUAGUUACUCAUUUAAUUAAUACAGGCCCCUAAUUAAUAAGCGUGAGAAGUGUGUCUCUGCCAGUGUCUUUGAGGCACUUUUUUGUUGCUGCUGUUGCGUCGGGAAUUCCGGAUCUUUCGUGAACACGUGAACGUGGCCACGUGUGUGCAACUAAUUUCGCAAGUGAUUAACCUUGCUGGUGUUGGCGCUACAACCGGAAGUGAAAACGAAAACGUGGUGUCUGUGCGAUGCAUAAUUAAACGGAAAUGGAUAAACGAGUUGGGCUAAAAUUAGCAGAGCUAAAAUAUCCUGUGGCGUCGGUCAACCGACCAAACUUCGACAAAAUGAUGAACAACCGGUACUGAAUUGUGUGUUUGUGCAGUGAAUGUGAUUGUAAAUCGGAAGUUUCUUUGAUUUGUGAUCGAAGAAGGAACGUCCCAUUAUCUUGAACACCGUGACGCAAAACUUCAAGCUGUCGGCAUUGUCCAUUAGAAACUUUUCAGCAAACAUGCUGAACAAUCUGAGCGCCGCCGGGUUGGGAGGACCAAAAGAGUGCGACCUGCCAAAGGGGGGCCUCACCUCGCUGCACGGCGGUGGCAACGGAUUCGGCACGGUUCCCAACUCGGCCGGCGGGGCCACCUCGGACAGCAACGGCAACCGGUUGCACGUCGGCGGUGGUGCCAACUCCGGAUCUUCCGGGGGCUCAUCCGGCGGCGGACUGUGCGAACCCCACAACAUCCACCAGGACCAGAUUUCAAUGGACAAAAAUGGCAAACAGAAGCGGCACCGAACCCGUUUCACGCCGGCCCAACUGAACGAGCUGGAGCGGUGCUUCUCCAAGACGCACUACCCGGACAUCUUCAUGCGGGAGGAAAUCGCGAUGCGGAUCGGGCUGACCGAGUCCCGGGUGCAGGUUUGGUUCCAGAAUCGACGUGCCAAGUGGAAGAAACGAAAGAAGACCACCAACGUGUUCCGGACGCCAGGCGCACUCCUCCCGUCGCACGGGCUGCCCCCCUUUGGCGCCAACAUCACCAACAUUGCGAUGAGCGAGAGCUUAUGCGGGACGUCCAUGUUCGGCGGGGACCGGUGGGGCGUGGGCGUAAACCCAAUGACUGCUGGAUUCGGUCAGCUGAACCAGACCUCGUCCCUGUCGUCCACCCUGAACGGGGGCCUCAACACGGGCAUCAACAUCUCGUCGGCCAUGGGCGCCGGCGGGUACCACAACUACGGACUGAACGCACUUGAUGUCCCCUUUGUCGGCGACAGCAUGAUGUACCAGCACUCGGUGGGGGGCGUCGGUUGCACCGGAAGUUCACCCACGUCGACCCCGCCCAACCUAGCCGGCUGCUCAUCGUCUACACCGCCGCUAUCGGGAGGAGGUGGUGGCGGAGGAGGAGGACCUCCAAAUGGUGGACAGUCGACGCCAGGCUCGCAACACCAUCAGCAGCAGCAGCAGCAACAGCAACAACAGCAACAACACCAGCAUCAACAAUCGCAGCAAGGUGGAAGUGAAGGGGAUAUGUCCAACGGUGGCCACAGUCUCUCCAACUGCCAGGGUCUCGGGGGUGGCAGCGGUGGCGGCCACGGUGGCGGUCCCGGAACGCCGGACGGUACCGGCGCCGGCGACGAGGACGUCUGGCGGGGCCACAGCAUAGCGGCGCUGCGGCGCCGGGCCUCGGAGCUGAACCAGACGAUGCCGUCGUACUUGCACGCGCACAAUUACGACCACCACAACUCGGUGUAUUGACUGCAGUUAUUCAAGUAGGACAACGUUUUGCGCCACACCAGUAUUACACGAAAUAACUCAAAUUUUUAGGCAGGCAAGGGAUGGAUGUGUAAAAUAGGACGAUAAGUGCUCGAAACGAAAGUGCAGAAACCAAGUAUACGAAGGAAAGAAAAUCUGUGAAUCUUUUAAAGUAACGCAACAUGUGUAUACGAUUUGUCUAUAAUGAUAGUGCAGCAAACAAUUGAGGCAUGGAAGACAUUUUUCCAAUGCCAUUAACAUAAAUAAAGAGAAAUUUAGUAUACGAUAGAAGAAGAAAAAAAUAUUCACAUUCGAUAAUAAGCCAGUUUGUGGUACGAAAAGCAGUAACUAAUUGUACUUUUCUGUGAGCGAAGAAAAAGCUAUUCAUUCCAGUAAAUUUAUUACCAUUAAAAACAAAACAAAAAACAGCCCAUUAAAACCGUGUAAGCCAAUAACUAAUUGUAAAUAGAACAAUUCCCAGUUAUUAUAAAACUAAACUUAAACUAAUGUAAUCGCUGAAGUAAAAGUAACUAAAACUUAGGAUGGGACAACAGUGUAAUUCAAAGUAUUAAGAAAAUAUUUUUUUGUUCUGUUUGAACCCUUUUUUGUUUGCUCGAAAGCAAAACGAAAGCAGUUUUGUUUUAGUAAUUUUUAAAAGUAUUUACGUUUGUACAAAGAAAGUAACAAGAAUCGAUAAGAAAAACCGUAAAAAAAACUCGUGUCUAUGAAUAUUUACAACAAAUUAAAAAAAAGAAAAAGCUUUUGAGUUUUUUGCGACACUUUUGUACAAAUCAGUAAGGUAAAGAAAGCUAAACGGAAGUGGACGGUCGAUUAUGUUAGGCUAAGCGAACUGCAGAGAGAACGGAAGUUACUCCACUGAGGUUGCUUUAAAAAAGAGGACGUAAAAUUUCCAGUGAAAAAAAAACUAAGUGAAGAACGGUGGAAUAAAAAGAAAACAAACAUCAGCAACUGCAAACAAUGUAUACGAUUAUGGCAACUAAAGGCUAAGAUGAAGAAAUAAAAAAACAGAUGUAUGUUAGUAAAAUAAUUCAUUAUUGAUAUCGAAUAAAAAUUGAUAAAAUA